CCAAAAGGUUGUGUCGGAAGCCACCCCUCCAAAAUCCAAACCACAGAGAAAAACCUCUCCUCCUUAACCUACGCCCACUCUCCCUCUUAUCCUACACCCCCCACAAUGGGAAAAGGCGCCUCCUCUUCCAUCAACCCCACCAUCCUGAAGAAGAUCCUGCUAUCAUACGCGUACGUGGGCAUAUGGAUCUUCCUAUCAUUCUCGGUGAUCGUGUACAACAAAUACAUCCUCGACCCUAAGAUGUACGACUGGCCCUUUCCCAUCUCCCUCACCAUGAUCCACAUGCUUUUCUGCUCGUCCCUUGCCUUCCUACUCGUUCACGCCUUCCACUUCGUUGACCUCCCUUCUUCCAUGACCCGCGAGGUCUACCUUAAUUCAGUAGUCCCCAUUGGAGCUCUCUACUCCCUCUCUCUCUGGUUCUCUAACUCUGCCUACAUUUACCUCUCUGUCUCCUUCAUCCAGAUGCUCAAAGCCCUAAUGCCUGUCGCUGUCUACUCCAUCUCCGUCCUCUUCAGGAAGGAGUCCUUCAGAUCCGACACCAUGGCCAACAUGCUCUCCAUCUCCUUCGGUGUCGCUAUCGCCGCCUAUGGCGAGGCCCGCUUCGACUCCUGGGGUGUUGCCCUCCAGCUUGGCGCCGUCGCGUUUGAGGCCACCCGGCUUGUGCUUAUCCAGAUCCUGCUCACCUCCAAGGGCAUCAGCCUCAAUCCGAUCACGUCACUGUACUACGUUGCACCCUGCUGUUUGGCAUUCCUCUUCGUGCCGUGGGUGCUCGUUGAAUUCCCUGUUCUCAGGGAGACUUCGAGCUUCAGAUUGGAUUUUGUUAUCUUCGGGACAAACUCUCUGUGUGCGUUUGCACUGAAUUUGGGAGUUUUUCUGUUGAUCGGGAAGACGUCAGCGCUCACGAUGAAUGUGGCUGGGGUCGUGAAGGAUUGGCUGUUGAUUGCGUUCUCGUGGUCAGUGAUCAGGGAUAUGGUCACGACGCUGAAUUUGAUCGGGUACGGGCUCGCAUUCUUGGGGGUCGCAUAUUACAACCAUUCGAAGCUGCAGGCAAUGAAGGCGAAGGAGGCUCAGAAGAAGAGCACACAGGCGGAUGAGGAGGAGGGUGGGUUGUUGGAGGACAGGGAAGGGGAGGGGAUUGGGAGGAAGAGCGAUUCACAGGCUUGAUAGCUGGCCACACUUGAGGAAAAAAAAGUUCUUUGUUGGUCUAUUGUGGAGGAAAAUCAAGAUUCUAGGGUUGGGUUUUUCAUGGAGGGAACUGGGUUUUGCUCCAUUGGUUGGAUUUGGUGGUGCAUUUCAAUGGUGGAUUGUGGAGUUGCGUUUUCAAUAUGGGCAUGUUUUUAGUUACAUGUUUUUUUUUUUUUGGUUCACGUUAGUGAAUUGGGGGAUUGACCUUUCCUUUGAGGAAAUCUAAAUGGCUAUUUAUUUAUCUGUUGCAUUGCUUUGCUA